CGGUUGAGAGAGGAGGAGGAGCGCCAGCGCUAUCCUAUCCAUCCAGUCCAGCAUCCACUCCGUCUUCCAAGCUUUCCGGCUCCCUCCCAUCCCAGGCAACAAGAAAUGGCGGCGGCCUCCGCUCCCGUGCCCCCGGUCUUGUGCAAGCGGUGGCAGCAGCUAGUGCUUGUCCACACCACCAAGCCCCCCCUGCCCCUGCGCCUCACGCGCCACGCCGUCUCCGUCCGGGCCGCGCCGCCCCGUCAGCAGCAGCAGCAGCACCGCGCCCGCCCACGGCCACCUCCCAGGAAUAAGCCCCCCGGACCCGCGCGCCGUCCUCCCAGGAUCCCUCGGGACCAAGAUGAUUAUGAAUACGACGACGGCGACCGGGAGGAGGGGAGAUUCUCUGGGGGUACCCGGGCCGCCGCCAUGCCCAAGCCACCGGCCGGCUUCGUGCUGGAUGACCAGGGCAGGUGCAUCGCCGCAGCAUCCAAGCGCAUCGUCACCAUCAUCGACGACACCAGCAACCGCCCCUUGGAGUGCAUUAUCCGAAGAGUAUUCAGGAGCUCGCAGGGCCACGACUGCUUGCUUCUCUGCCCCGUUGACAUGCCUGUGCAGGUCCUCAAGAGCACAAAUUUCAGUGGAUGGGUAGCUGUCCAUGACGACCAACUCAAGCAAAUCAUUCCAUCUGUUGCCUAUGCCCUUGCCAGAGUGCAUAUGCACUUUGUCGAAAGCGGAUUCUGUUAUACAGCAAGGGGUGGCUUCUGCUUUCCUGAAGAGGCCAUUCAAGAGUUUCAUGAUUCUGGUGAUGGCGGUGACGGUGUACCUUUCGAAGGUGUAGAGAUUUGCUGCUUCAAUUUGGAUGGUGCACACUAUAUGAUUUAUACACCAGUUGAUCCUCUCCUGUUCGUCGCAGUCAAGCAUAAGGAUGGUGUCCUACGCAUUGCUGAGGAUGAUCUAAUGGAAGACCCUGGAGUUCUGGAUGCGGUAGAUGAAGAGACAGAAUUUACAGCUCUAGUGGAGGAGGAGGAGGCCCUUCUUGAAACAGUACUUGGUGAAAGGUGAUGGAUGCCAUGGAGCAGGGAGGGGGUUCCUACUUGUAUAGGAAGAGGAGGAUGAGGAGACUCUGAUUGUAGUCCACUCAGCCAAGAAGUAGAAUAGAAUGAAUGAAGCUGGCGAUAGAUACUAGUACCAGUUGGUUUUGAACAAGGGUUGCAUUUGUAAUUGUAAGCAGCUGCAACCUGCAAAGUGUAUAUUACUUGGAAUGGAUUAGAUGUGCAGCAAAGCAAAGCGCAUAAAAUUGAGCUAACUAGCCUAGGAUGGACAAUGCAGUUGAUCAGUUGAUUGUCUGCUGCUGCUGUUAAUCUCUGUCUGUGUAAACUAGGUAGUAUAGAUAGCUCAAUGGGACGAUCAAAGCCAUUUAUGCUGUGCUUAUGUGUUGAAUUAAUAAAUGAAAAACACCCCAAUCUGAUA